UAACGAAAACCGACCAACAUUGAGCAGCUUUUUUUUUUCUUUUUUUCUGACGCCGGCGAGCAAAAUCUCAGACCUGAACAGAAGAAGACAACUAAAUCGAGCAUGGCUAUGCAAACCGGUAUAGGGUUAUCAAGGCUUCUGAUUCUAGCUGGAGCAGGUUAUACAGGAACGAUCCUGGUGAAGAAUGGGAAGAUGUCAGAUCUUUUGGGUGAGCUUCAGGCUUUGGUGAAGAGAUUUGAGAGAUCAGGAGAUCAUUCAGAUGACGAUUCUGAUCCCAUGUCUACUGAGAUGCAACGGUUAGCUAUGGAGAUCAGGCAAAUGUCCUCGUCUCGUCAGAUAACUGUUGUCAAUGGAGGAGCUCAAGGAGCUGACUUCACCCCGCUUAUAGUUCCCGCAGCGACUUUAGGAGCUAUAGGCUAUGGCUACAUGUGGUACAAGGGUAUUUCAUUCUCUGACAUCAUGUGCGUUACAAAGAAGAACAUGGAAGAUGCUGUCUCCAACUUGACUAAGCAUUUGAGCACCGUUUCUGAAGCUAUUUCUAAUGCUAAGAAGCACUUGUCCGAGAGGCUUAAGAAGACGGACGAUAAGCUGGAAUCGCAGAAGGAUCUCUUAAAGGGACUCCAGGACGAUGUGGGUUUGACUCUAGAGGAUAUGGCUAAGAUUGGAGAUGAUUUUUAUGCAAUGCAUAACAUGUUUGGUGGUAUGGGUGGAACAUUAGAUAGUAUUGAGUACAAGCAGAAUAUUGCGAAUAUGGGUUUAAUGCAUCUGUGCGACUCUAUGGGAGGAGAAAAUCACAAGAUGCCUGAUAUUAUGAUGCAGGAGAAGCUUCGACUUUCUGGCAAGUCAAACACAUGUAUAAUACUUACAGACGAAGAAACUUCAAGCUCAGAGGGUUUGAAAGAAAGUGAUAAGAUAGAGCUUAUUGAAGGCUGAUUCAGAUGGUACACCAUAUGUCAUCAAGGUUUGAUGAUAUGGUAAUGAUGUGUAGUAUAGGAUACUGAGAUAUAUAGAAUGUAUUUUGGGGUUUAAAAUUAAUGGCCUUUGAAGGGCAAAUAAACAAAAAGAAUGAAGCCUAAUCAUUUACAUGUAACUGCAUUUAUGCACAAUUUGUUACAAAAACACCAUUCACAACACUCGCAAAGACAUUUUUGUA